AUGAAAAAGAGGAGAAUUCAAAAUUUCGACCUUCGGCCAGGAGAUACCGGCAUUAUGCUCACGUGCUUUAAAGGCAGGGAGCACACCAUCUCCGGCGAGCUUAUGAAUAUAAUAUCAAUCGAAUGUGAAGACCAAUGUGGGGAUGACGAACAAAAGCCCGACGUGACAUCCUCAUUUAGUGAUGCCUUUGACAACGAGUUAAAAUCGCUUGGAUCGCAAAAGAAAGGAUCUUAUUCGCUUGCUGGAAUGGGUGAUGUCAAGUGUAUAAUCUUUGCAAAGCCCACAAACCAAAAUGAGCCCUCCAAAAAGCAACUACCCUUGGAGUUGACAUUGAGAAUCUGGGAGAGAGCUUUAAACACCGGUGUAAAGCAUUCGAGGUACCAAUAUGCUGGCUGA